AACAGGCCGAGGGUGGGCACGGCGGUUGUGGUGGGUGAGUCUGGCUCCGGGAGGUGGUGAGUCCAGGAGAACGGGCAAUAAGCUGAGGGUAAUGGAGCACACGGCCCAGUGAAGGGGUGGCUGGACCCUGGGGUCGGGGGACAAGGACUGUGCACCGGGAGGACACUCCCUCAAACUGCAGCUCUGCUACAUUCACUUGGAGCUGGGACCCUGUGGAGACGCGCUCGCUGAUGACGGUGAUGGGUGUCCGGCAGAUUGAGGAGGACACUAAAACUCUGUCAGAGGACCCUGAACAAUCGCCACCUAGCAAACGACCCAGACACUGCCAGGGGAAAGAGAACCAACCACACAGCUUCCUGGUGACCAGGAGGUUCCGCAAACCAGACUGUUCAUCAGGUGUGACCCGUUCCUGGGAGGAGCUCCCGGAUGAGCUGCUGUUGGUGAUUUUUCACUCGCUGUCAUUGCCUCACUUGUUAAAGGUUUCGCAGGUCAGCAGACGAUGGCAUCGACUGGCGUUUGACAAGUCCCUGUGGUACAGUGUGGAUCUGAGCAAGGCAAGUCUGCCCUCGGGCACUCUGGGCCAAGUGCUGGGGGCCGGAGUGGUGAUCCUCAGGAGUCCUCGCUCCUUCCUUGGAGACCCCAUGUUCAAGGAUGACAGACUGCUCCCUCUGCAGCACCUUGACUUGUCUCACUGUGUGACCAGCUCCUCCGCCAUCUUCCAGAUCCUACGGCGCUGCAACCGGCUCCUGGGGCUCAGUCUGGAGGGGCUGUCCCUCUCCGAUGAUGUGAUCAGGGCUGUGGGCUGCAGCCAGCAGCUGGUGCGGUUGAAUCUCUGCAGCUGUUCCCGAUUCGGGCCAGACUCCUUCCGGCAGAUGUUGAAUGACUGCCCCAGGCUGGAUGAGUUGAACGUCUCGUGGUGUGAGUUUGGGCCGGAGCACAUACAGGUGAUGGUCACACACGUCCCCAGCACCGUCACACAGCUCAACAUCAGUGGGCACCGGCACUGCCUGCGCAACUCUGAUGUGCAGGUUCUGUGCCAGCGAUGCCCACGGAUCACCAACCUGGACAUGAGCGACAGCACGAUGCUCACUCCCGGAUGUUUCCCUGCACUCCAACAACUCUCUCACCUCCAGCACCUGGGCCUCAGCAGAUGCCAUGAGAUCCCUCCAGCAGCUCUUAUGGAGCUGGGGGAGAUCGCCACCUUGAAAACUCUGAGCAUCUACGGAUUGGUGCGAGACUCGACACUCAAUGUGAAGGAGCUGAUCCCUCAGAUUAAAAUCAACACCUUUCCUCUGACCAGCAUUGCUCGGCCCACUCCAGGCCACGGGAAGAGCCGGAAGAUUUGGGGCAUUGCCUGCAGGCUGGAGUUACGCACCCUCUGAGCAGUUGGGACCACUCUAAGAUGCACUACACCAGAGCUUCCAGGGAGCUGGUGAUUCAUUAUCACUAGCCUGUGUUUGAUGGGAUCGAUGCUCGCUAUAUCCAAACCAGACAGAAUAGUAGGUGCUCGUGUUAAUCCAGGAAUCGGGGGAGACAGGAUUGUACAUGAAGUAGAGGCAGGCAGUUGUUCACUGCAGCUUAGAACAAUGACCACAAGGCGCAGUUAGUUGGAAUGUAACAUUCAGUGGUCAGACAGCUAGAGGACUGAGGUGCUCAGUUCUGGGAGAAGCCCAACUAACAGGAUUGGGUGAUACAACACACUGUCAGCUGUCACUAGAACGGAAUUGGUGAAAGGGCCAAUCCUGAGACUUCUGGCACCCUUUACCCUCCGUGUGAAACAGCUGAGUGAAGACCUGCCCCCAAGAUGUGAAUCAGCCCCUCGUGUACAGAAGGCAUCAGUGGUCACAGUUCCCGUUUCGUGUGCAAGUCAAUAAAUACCUGGAGUGUUUGUUUGUGGAAGAUGUGUGACAUUCACAGUAGCUGCUCCCUCACAGGCUGGGAGCACUCGGUC